UCAAAGCCAGUGGUAUAAAAUCUGCUUUUGCGAAGCCCUAACUCUAGCUCGGAGCCAUGGAGGCAGCCAGGACCGUCAAGGACGUCUCGCCUCACGAUUUCGUGAAGGCGUACGCCGCCCACCUCAAGCGAUCAGGAAAGAUGGAACUUCCUCAUUGGACCGAUAUCGUGAAGACUGGGAGGUUCAAGGAGCUUGCUCCAUAUGACCCUGAUUGGUACUACAUCAGAGCUGCUUCCAUGGCAAGAAAGAUCUAUCUGAGACAGGGUAUUGGUGUUGGUGGUUUCCAGAGGAUUUACGGAGGGCGCCAGAGGAAUGGAUCUCGUCCACCACAUUUUUGCAAGAGUAGUGGUGCAAUAGCUCGCCACAUCUUGCAACAAUUGCAGAACAUGAGCAUUAUUGAGAUUGAUCCAAGAGGUGGGAGGAAAAUAACUUCCCAGGGGCAACGUGAUCUAGAUCAAGUAGCAGGACGGAUUGUCAUUGUUCCUUGAGUUGCUGCAGUUGUGGUCCCCGUCAUCCAUGAACAUAUCUGUUGGUUACGAUGGUCUUUGGCAGUUUUGGUUUUAGGAUUUUCCUCCUCAGUCUCUAAUUGUCAGCUUGAAACCUUUCUUAAUUAGUAAAACUCUCAUGGCAAUUGCUUUAUUCUUGACAACACUUCUGAUUGUUUGCUAGUAAAAUCAAUUUGAACCUUGGUCUGAUAUUUUAAUAUUGAGACUGAAUUUUUUUGAACAUUUA